AAUGAAGUAAAAAUUUACAUUUGCUAAAAAGGAGACAGUAGGAAAAAGUCUUAUUUUUCAAGAAUCCUGUGAAAUAAGUUUAGAAGAUUUUGAUCAAUGUUUAAAGUUGGAAGAAAAAAUUAAACUUUAAUAUUAGCAUUUAGAGUUAUAACUUGACAUUGAAAAUGGAACUGUGGAAUAACUAGAUAUUGUCUACCAUGUAUUAAAAGAGGAUUUGAAUUAAAUUGUUUAAUAAAAUAAUUUAAUGAGAGAAAAUAUAAACACAUAAAUUGAUGCUACAAAAGAUUAUUUGACCUUAAAAAAAUUGAAAAAAGAAUAAAGAAUUGCUUUGGAUUUAUUAAAAUGGUCAUAAAUAGUUAAAGCUUUUAUUAAUGGUUAUAAAGAUAAAUAAUAAGAUGUUCUUAAUACAUUUUAUCCUUGUUUAAAUUUGGAUUCUCAAUCCUCAUAAAAAGCUUAAUUAAAAAAAAAAAAAAUUCAUUCUAAAGAAAAUACAAAACCACUUGAUACAGAUUGCAAAAUUUGUUUUGAUUAUCAUUAUACAGAUUUUAAUCCAGUUAUUUAUUGUGGAAGAUGUUCAACAUCAUUUCAUAAAAUAUGUUAUUGUUUUGUUGGAAAUUUAGAUGAAUCAGAUGUCCUCUGUGAUGCAUGUUAAUUUGAAUAAAAUAAAUUAGGAACAACGAAAAGAAGUAAUCUAUUUUCAAUAUUUAGAUUAAGCAAAAUGUAGAAUUUGCAAAAAGUUAGGACUUCCUUAGAAAUAAAUUGAUAAUUAAUUUUAUCAUGUCUCAUGUUUACUGCUUACAAAUUUAUUAAUUUUGAAAAAAGGUGUUUAUUAAGUGAGAAAUAGUAAGAGUGAUAUUAAAUAAUUCUGUAAAGAUAAUGAAUCAAGUACUCCAUAAUGUGCUAUUUGCGGUGAUGUUAAAGGUAUUCAUUUUAUCAUUCUAGGAUUUCGAUUUGCAUGUUUUGGAAAUGAGACAAUACCUUGUAGACAUGCAUUUCAUCCUUUAUGUGCCUAUCUUCAUGGACUGACAAUAGAUAUUGAAAGUGAAGAUAUAGAAUAAUGUUUUGCAGAAAAAAGAUUUGGAUUCUUGAAUGUCAGAAUUAAAUGCGUAUUACAUUGUGGAAAAGAUUUAUAAGAUUUAUUACUACAAACAUAUUAUAGGUAAAAUUAUUCAGAAUUAUGUUAAGACGAUUUGCCUUAAAUUAUGAACAAGCAGCCUAAUGUGGAGGAUAAGAUAUCUUUUUAGAAGGUUUUAAAACAACUAAGGGAUACAAAUAUUUAUAUUCAAAACAACCAAUAUCCAAGAAUGACUCUUUAUUAUCAUAAUUUUAUAAUAUAAAUGGACACCAACAAUCAAUGAUGUGAG